AGUGUAAAGGUCGGUGUUUGCGCACCCGGUGCGGAAGUGGCACCGUCCCCGUGUCCCUGUGUCCGUGUGCCUGCGGUGGCUCCCAGCUGGCAGCAGUCCCCCCAUCACAACAGACCCCACGGUGCUGGGAUGGCACCGCACGCCUGAGCCUCCCCCUGCCUGGGACCAGCCAUGGAGACGGUUGUCAUCGUGGCCAUCGGGGUGCUGGCCACCAUCUUCCUGGCGUCCUUCGUGGCGCUGGUGGUGGUGUGCCGGCAGCGGUACUGCCACCCCAAGGACCUCCGGCACCACUAUGACACCAAGGAUGUCCGCCGUGUCCCCAACAGACCCAUUGUGGACCUGAUGGGGACUACUGAGACACCAUCAGAGCCCUCGGAGCUGGAGCUGGACGACGUGGUCAUCACCAACCCACACAUCGAGGCCAUCCUGGAGAAUGAGGACUGGGUUGAGGACGCCUCGGGUCUGGUGUCCCACUGCAUCGCCAUCCUGAAGAUCUGCCACACGCUGACAGAGAAGCUGGUGGCCAUGACUAUGGGCUCGGGCGCCCGCGUGAAGUCCCCCGCCAGCCUCGGGGACAUCAUUGUGGUGGCCAAACGCAUCAGCCCCAGGGUGGAUGACGUGGUGAGAUCCAUGUACCCGCCGCUGGACCCCAAACUGCUGGAUGCGAGGGCGGCGGCGCUGCUGCUGUCGGUCAGUCACUUGGUGCUGGUGACCCGCAGCGCCUGCCGCCAGCCCGCGGCGCGGCACUGGGUCGAGCGCUCGCUGGCGGCGGCGGAGGAGCACAUGGCGGUGCUGCGCCAGGCGGCCAUGGCCGCCGAGCCCGAGCGCCCGCCCGGCGCCGAGGCGCUGCGCCAGGAGCAAUCGGCCAUCUGAGACCCGGCACCGCCACCAGCGCCCCCCCCCCAUGGCAGUGAACCCCGGGGGUGCCCCCGCACUCCGGACGGGGGGGCUGUCUGCGUGUGGCUGCGUGGUUAUGGAUCAUGGGGGGACCUGGGAGGGGAAUUUUGGGGGGGUCGGAGUGGGUUUGGGGGGUCUCGGUUUGGCUGCGGGCUUAGGGGAGGUGUGGGGGGGAUGAGGGGUUUGGGGGGGUCAGAGUGGGUUUGGGGGGUCUCGGUUUGGCUGGGGGCUUAGGGGAGGUGUGGGGGGGGAUGAGGGGUUUGGGGGGGUCGGAGUGGGUUUGGGGGGUCUCGGUUUGGCUGGGGGCUUAGGGGAGGUGUAGGGGGGAUGAGGGGUUUGGAGGAGCUUGGGAGGGGAAUUUAGGGUUUGGGGGUUUGGAGGGGGCUUAAGGGAGUUUGGGGGGGAUGAAGGGGCUUAGGUGGGGAAUUUAGGGAGGUUUGGGGGGUUGGAGUGGAUUUGGGGUGUCUUCAGGGUUUGGCGGGGGGGUUAGAGGAGGUUUGGGGAGUCUAAGGGGGUUUGAAGGGGCGUGUGGGGUUUGAGGGGGGUUGGUGGGUUUGGGGGGGCCUGGGGGUGUUGCUGAUUUGGGUCUUUCUAAACAAAGCUGCAGAGGCUGGUUUGAAAGGGGAUGCUUGAUUCUGCACCAGGCUCGACAGCCCUUGGGCAGAGCUGAGCCUCAUUGAAUACAGCCGAGAUUCCAUGAUUCCACGAAAUACCUGUACCUCCAGAGCUGCCUCUUCUGCAAUAUGAAUCCCAAUCCCUCCUUUACCGAAAGUUACUUGUGCGUCCCGUUGGUUUAAUAAAUCUCUCCCCAUCGAGGGCAUCGGGUGCUCUGGGAGAUGGGGACAUUUAUGAGUAAAAACCCUUCUGCCAAUUCCACACCUACGUGGUUGAAGUAAAGGCCGCGCUUCCCUUUUCCUGGUCA